UAAACUGGAAGACUCAAAAAAGCUAUUAAGUGGAGCUUAUGAACUUAGUGAUAGCUCAAGUUUCACUUGCAGUGAAGAUGAUAGUAAAAUGGACAGUUGCAAUUCAUCUUGUCUCCAGAAGUUCUCUUCCUCAUCAAGGGAGAGGUUGUCUUUGGACCCAUAUAGGGUUGUAAGUUGCAAUACAGAAAAUGCCAAGGCAGAGCAGGGCAGGGAAAGAAAGCAUUGCCAAGUCUGCGGGGACCUGUCAUCUGGAUUCUAUUGUGGAGCUUUUGUUUGUGAAGCAUGCAAGAAGUUCUAUUUGCGUAGUCUUAAACAGAAUUCCAAGAAAUAUUCUUGUCUAAAGAAAGGCCAGUGCCAGGUUUCCAAAGAAACGAGGACAGUUUGCCAAUACUGUCGUUUCAGGAAGUGCAUUGCAAUAGGCAUGACUAAACAUGGCUCCUCCUCAGGAAAUGAAGCAGACAUAUCCAACAUUCCGUGCCGUGUGUGUGGGGCACCUUCAUCAGGAUUUCACUUUGGAGCUGUCACCUGUGAAGGAUGUAAAGGCUUUUUUAGGCGAACAGUACGUGAGAGAGACAACUACUACUCUUGUAGCAAACGUCAGCAGUGUUCCAUCACAGAAACAACAAGAAACAUCUGCAAAUACUGUCGUUAUAAAAAGUGUCUUAGUGUUGGCAUGAAAGUUGAUGGUAGUAGAAUUGGUCGUCAACCAAAUGCAUUUAAGCAUGCAGCAAUGUUAGAACUGAAGCAGAUGCAUCAUGCAGUAGACCACCAGAGUCUGAAACCACCCUCGCAUCCGUCCCCAGUGCCUGUCAGCACAACAUCACUGGAGCAAACUACAUCUGUGUCACUGGCGCCAUCUACAUCAUCUGCUACAACAGCUGUUCUAGACAAGGAACCUAAGGAAGGUGAUGUAGAACCAGUGGCACCGAAGGAAGAUCUAGCAUCUUUGCUAAUCAAGGAACCCCAGGAAGAUGAAGAGGAACCAGUUGUGAUUGAAGAUUCUGCCUUAGAGGAAUUGGUUCAAGUUUUGAGUGAGGCUUUUGAAGAACUGAAGAGGUUGCAAAGAAAUGAAUUACCAGUGGACUGCCUGACAUGGGAAUUGAUGAAUUAUGGCAGCUGAUGAUGGAAAAUUUUGAAAAAUGUGCAAAAUGUGUCCUAUCCUUUGCAAAGAAGCUGCCAUACUUCAAGGAACUGUCGAUUGAGGAUCAAAUUUGUCUGGUCCAAAACUCUAUUUACCAGCUGGUACAUACAUUACUUGGAACUUUAUAUGAUAGCGUCAGCAAGGAAUACUGUUACUUUCAUUUUCCAAAGCGCAUUGAACAAAAAAUCCUGAUGUUGUUCCCUCAGUUCCAACCCAUAGUUGACCACUUUCAUGCUGCAGGGAGUGCAAUUCAGCUGCUUAAUUUGAAUAAUGAGGAGAUGGGGUUCUUCACUGCACUGCAGUUAUUUUCUUCAGAUGAAGGAGAGUAUGAAAAUGAGAAAAAGAUAAAUGAUAUACAAGAAAAGAUUUCAGCAGGACUUUAUGAGUAUUUGUUCAAGAUGUCUCCAGAGAACAGUCUACAGCGGUAUGGACUCAUUCUUCUGCAGCUUCCAGUCCUGCGAUUGAUCAGUAUACAACAUCAGCAGAUUAUAAAAGACAUGCAUAAAAAGAGAGAAGAUAUUGAAUUCCACCCAUCUCCUUUGUAUGAAGAGAUGUUUAUAGAAAAUGGAUAAUAGAUUUGAAAGAUAUUUGCUUAUAUUUUUAUCAGGUGGGGCAAUUAAAACUGCCUUGUUUUCUUAGAGGGGAAAAUAUAAAGGUAAUCAUAGUUGUUCUUUUACAUCAAAAGCUUCAUUGUGUCUGGUAUUGGUUCGCAAAAGAAGGACAUCUAAUUUUUAAAUUCCUAUCUGAGCAAGAAGCUUUUCUUCAAAAGAUUAUUUAAUGAGGAAAUUUUCUUCAAAAGAUUAUUUAAUGAGGAAAUGAAAGUUAAUUUAUAUUCAACUAUACUGUGAAAUAGCAUAUUGUAUAAUAUUAUUAUACAAUAUUAUACAAUAUUGUAUAAUAAUAUUAUACAAUAUGCUAUUGUAUAUUGUAUAAUAUUAUUAUUGAUGCCUUAUUAACACUAUUUGGGGAAAGAAACAGGAGUAUGGUUUAUCAGUUAUGUUCACAAACCCCUGGCAGACGGACUUCUUUUUUAAUGCAUGGCAUAACAGAAUUUAGGCUAUGAUUUAACAGCCAGGGACAAUCUACAUCCUCUGUUUUUAUUAUAAAACAGUCAUAUUCCAUCCAAUAUUUGGAAUGUUAUUGUCUCAGUCAAUGCAAUUGCAUCAAUUGUCAUAAAUGAGCUCUUCAGAUGAA